AUGGCUUUCUCCCAGGUGCAGUGCUUGGACGACAGCCACGUCAACUGGAGGUCCAGCGAGUCCAAGCCUGAGUUCUUCUACAGCGAGGAGCAACGCCUGGCCCUGGAGGCACUGGCCUCCCGCGGCCCCGACGCCUUCUAUGAAGUCCUGAAGAGGGAGAACAUCAGGGAUUUCCUGUCCGAGCUGGAGCUGAAGAAGAUCCUGGACACGCUGGAGACCUACGACCCCGGCUCCGAGUACAUCCCGCGGCACGGCAGCAGCACCGGCGACAGCGAGGGCGAGCGGAACAGCCAAGGGGACGAGCAGGACAUGGCCCCUUCCCUGGAGUACUGGCCCCAGAGGUCCGACCGCUCCAUCCCGCAGCUGGACCUGGGCUGGCCCGAGACCAUCGCGUACCGCGGGGUCACCAGGGCCACCGUGUACAUGCAGCCACCCAUCGAGGGCCAGGCGCACAUCAAGGAGGUGGUGAGGAAGAUGAUCUGCCAGGCUCAGAAGGUCAUCGCCGUGGUCAUGGACAUGUUCACCGACGUGGACAUCUUCAAGGACCUCCUGGACGCCGGCUUCAAGAGGAAAGUGGGAGUCUACAUCAUUUUGGAUGAGACCAACGUGAAGCACUUCCUUCAGAUGUGUGAGCGAGCCCACAUGCACGCUGGACACUUGAAGAACCUGCGCGUCCGCAGCACCGGAGGGACCGAGUUCUUCACCCGUUCGGCCACCAAGUUCAAAGGGGCUUUGGCCCAGAAGUUCAUGUUUGUGGACGGGGAUCGAGCCAUGUGUGGCUCCUACAGCUUCACCUGGUCCGCAGCGAGGACGGACCGAAACGUCAUCACGGUCCUCUCGGGCCAGGUGGUGGAGGCAUUUGACAAGCAGUUCCAGGAGCUCUACCUCAUGUCCAAGGGGGUGAGCCUCAAGUCCAUCUCCAUGGGCGAGGAGCCCGAACCCGAGCCCGUAACGCUGCCCUCCGUGGUGCCGGUGACCCCCGCCAACGCCGUGGUGAAGAAGCUGAUAAACCCCAAAUACGCCCUGGUGAAGGCCAAGAGCGCCGACCAGAUCAGCAAAACCUCAUCCGAGAACCAGGACAAAAACCAGAAGACUGACAACAAAGGCAAAGCACCCCCCGAGGGCCAGGGGGGCGAGCGGCACGGUGACGGGGCUGACCUCUCCCUGCUCAUCCACCCCGGCCUCCUGAACCUGGAGAAAGCCAACAUGUUUGACUACCUGCCCACCUGGGUGGAGCCUGACCCCGAGCCGGGGAGCGAAGUCCUGGGCUACAUCAACAUCAUUGACCCCAAGGUCAAGAACGUGAAGCUGUCGCAGAUGAACCGCAUCAAAGUCUGCGACGUCUCCCAGGCCAGCGCCCAGCACCGGCAGAUGCUGAAGAACAGGGAGAUGGAGGCCAGGAAGAACUCAGACCAGGAGCUGCCUCUGCUGUCCCCCGGCCAUAGACAGAUCCCACAGCCCCCCGUGGAAGCUCCUGCAGCCCCCACUACCAGCCCCAUCGAAAGCGUCAGCUGGACAACGAGGCAAGUGGGGACAUUUGCCUCUUCACCGCUGGGCCACCAUUUGAAGCCACAGGAGGAGGCAUUGGAGGACGUCAAGCCUCCAGUUCCAAAGCCAAGGACCGUCCCCGUUGGUGUCCUCAUGACCAAAGUUGUCACAAGCUGUGAUAGAAGCGCUGCCCUGGAGGGUGACACUCGGCCACCCCUGGCCGACCACACGGGUGUGAAGCAGGAGCGGGAGGAGAAACCCAACCGAGCUUCCAUGGAGACCUGCCAUCUCCAGCCAGAGCGGCCAGUGGCAGCUCCACAGGAGGACAAAGGGCCCCCCUGCACCCACAACGGGCUGGGAGAAGAGGAGGAGGAGGAGGAAGAGGAGUACAUCACCCUCAGUGACCAGGAGAGCUACUCCAGCAGCUCUGCUGACCACAGCUACCGCCGCUCCAACGCCUCCUCCAUCUCCGACGAGUACUUUGAGGUGAGGGAUCGCUACGGGCCCCUCCGGAGAACCAACUCGGACGUCACCCACAACGGGGAGAUCCUGCCCAUGCAGAGGAAGCUCAGUGACCCUCAUAUCAGCCGGGGCACCUUCAUCAGCCCCCUGGGCAGCCUCCCCUCCCUGAAGCACCUGCGCUUGGAGGACAUGACGAAGAGGAGGAGCAACGCUGUGGAGAUCAGGCGUAUGCUGCCCCGCAACAUCCUGGAUGGCAACAGCUCCUACCCCAGCAGUGCUGCCCAGGGGACGCACAUCUACCGCUACCGGCCCCGGACCCCCGCGGGCAGAGAGCCGGGCAAGGAGAUCUCCUGCUCCCCGACGCACGAGAAACCCCUCGGGGCCGCCAAGUACAGAGGGGAGGGAGCAGAACCCAAAAAGACCAUUGCAGGCAGCCAGCCCUACUGGCAGAGCAAGGCCUUCAGCCCCAGCAAGCCCACAGCACCUGGCCACGUGCCCCAAAACAACCCCAGAGCGUCAGGCAAACGCUUCACCUCCCUGCCCGAGAGCCAGAAGCCGGCCGAGGAGAUGAGGACACCCCUGGGCAUCCCGCUCUCCAAACUGUCCCAGUCCAAGCACCUCAAGAACAGGGUUGUGGGGGCCCAGGGUGCUUCUGUGGACUCCAAAAAGCAGCCCCAGGAGACCACGGGCCAGAAGGAGCAGUAGGGGCUGGUGAUGGUGGCCUUGCAGAGCUGGUGGAACCCAGGCGCCGCCGCCUUCCUUGGGGCAGGGGGUUCUUGUUUACAUUUACCUGGUCGGUGCACCAGUACCACAUGGCCAUGAUGGACAGCCCAAAAGGCAUCCCUGUCCAGGGUCCAGGAAGAGGUGCACAGCAUCCACCCUGGGCAGGUGGCAGGGAGUGUUAGGAACGAUCUUGGAUGCCUCCUCCAGGUUGGGGUGACCUCCGAUCCCGUUAAAAGCUGGAAAGCAUCGCUGGGGAGUGGG